AUGAAGUAUAUCAGGCAGCUGAGAUCCUUAAAAAAAGUAACGUAUAGUCCUGGAGAGUUAGAGCUCCAUGGGAAGAGAAAAGAGGAUUUCGGAGUGAGCCAAGAUGUAGAUUCUGAUAAGGCUAUUAGGAAUAUCAAAAGGAAAAAGGUUGGAAAUAGUUCAAUAGAACAGGAUUGCCUUUAUGUUUUGGCAGCAGUAGAUCGAGAAGACAAAUAUUCAGGAUAUCUCGUUCAGACCUCUCAGUUGUCAGUACACUUGCCAUUUAUCUGUACCAAAUGUUUUUAUGUCCAAUGCAUCCUCGCUUCUCGGGGCUGUCGAGGAUUCAAUGCAGGUUUUCGUAUAAAGGGGCUUGAGGCCCUAGACCAGCGCCCCCUCAGUCUUCUAGUCCUAGUCCACCCCACUAUCCUCUCAACCCUGACCACCUCCGGAAAAAGGCGCGGAGGAGACGAGGGCGGAGGAGACGAGGGCGGAGGAGACGAAGGCGGAGGAGACGAGGGCGGAGGAGACGAAGGCGGAGGAGACGAGGGCGGAGUAGACGAAGGCGGAGGAGACGAAGGCGGAGAAGACGAAGGCGGAGGAGACGAGGGCGGAGGAGACGAAGGCGGAGGAGACGAAGGCGGAGGAGACGAAGGCGGAGGAGACGAGGGCGGAGGAGACGAAGGCGGAGGAGACGAGGGCGGAGGAGACGAAGGCGGAGGAGACGAAGGCGGAGGAGACGGAGGCGGAGAAGACGAAGGCGGAGGAUACGAAGGCGGAGGCGACGAAGGCGGAGGAGACGAAGGCGGAGGAGACGAAGGCGGAGGCGACGAAGGCGGAGGCGACGAAGGCGGAGGCGACGAAGGCGGAGGCGACGAAGGCGGAGGAGGCGGCUUGACACGACCUCCUGCGUCUCUCUUGCCGCGCUCUCCUUUGUCUCCUAUCUAUCUACCCUGA